GCGAUGUGAAAGAUAAGUUAAAAAAAAAACAAUUUUAAAUGGUUUUUUUGACUCUUUUUUUUUGUGUUAUUUUUGUUUUAUACCUAAAAGUGACUUUCAUUUCAUUCAUUUGCAAAAAUAGGAGGAGUAAAGUGAGAUAAAAAGAAUAACAAGGGUGCAUUGAAGAAAAACCAGCAAGGAAGAUUUCUUCAAUUUCUUCAAUUUUCUUCAAGAGUUCUAAGAGCAACCUUCACAUUCUUAUUUGCCUCAAGUUUCACAAAACAAUCAUACAAUGUCCUCUUCUAGACCUCCCAUUAGAAAGGACCCUGCUUGGAAAUAUCAUGAGGAUUUUCCAGGGCAAAGAAAAGGGCAAACAAAGUGUAUAUUUUGCAAAACAAUAUUCCAUGGAGGCAUAUAUAGAUUGAAAUACCAUAUUGCUGGUGUGCGUGGGCAUGAUGCCGACCCAUGCACAAAAGCAGUCACUGAGGCCGUACGUGAUUGCUAUGUAAUGGUUGAAGAAAUUGAAAGGAAAAGGAAAGAAAAAGAGGAUCUCACAGUCAUUGGGAGACAUGCACCUUUAGGAACAGGGACACAAUUAGGUUGUGUUGGAGGGCCUUCUUCCUUACCUUCAUAUCGUCCCACUCAUUUUGCUACUACUCAUGCUUCCGGUUCUGCUUCUAUAAGUGCCAGUGCCUCUGCCCCUUCUCAUGUUCCUAGCACUGGCAGUGGUAGUGGGAAUGUUAGCAUUGGACCUAGGAUUCGUAAAUCUAGGUUGGAUACCUUUUUUGCACCUCGCACUACUCCUGGGUCCCAACAGUCACUUGAGAGCAUGGGUUGGAACAAGGAGGUCCAUGAUGCUGCUAAAAUGGCAGUUGGCAGAUUUUGGAUCUAUGGCAGUAUUCCAUUCUUCACAGCCAGGUCACCUUAUUGGCAAGAAAUGGUUGAUGCCCUUACCAUUUGUGGGGCGGGGUUCAAAGCCCCUUCUGAGUUUGAUUUGAGCGGACCCAUUUUGACUGAAUUGGUGAAUGAUGUGAAGAAAGAAUUGGGUGAUCAACGCCAAAUAUGGAGCACUAAAGGUUGCACCAUCAUGACUGAUGGUUGGACAGACAGGAGAAAUAGAACUCUCCUUAAUUUUCUUGUUUCUUCCGCAGGGGGCACCGUUUUCAUCAAGUCUAUUGAUGCCUCCGCCCAUUGCAAGAAUGCCACCUACCUAUGUGAGGAGAUAGAGGAGGUGAUUAAUGAGGUGGGUGAAGAGAACGUGGUACAGGUGGUGACUGACAAUGCACCAAAUUAUGUUGCUGCAGGCAGACUAUUGAUGGAGAGGCACCCAUCUAUAGUUUGGACUCCAUGUGCCGCCCAUUGCAUUGACCUCAUGUUAGAGGAUAUUGGAAAACUUCCAUGGGUCAAGACAUGUGUAGAAAAGGCAAGAAAUGUGUGCAAAUUUGUAUAUAAUCAUUCAUGGGUGUUGGCUCUUAUGAGACAAUACACAGAGCAUAAGGAGUUAGCUCGUCCAGGAAUCACAAGAUUUGCCACAAACUUCAUCACAUUGCAGUCCAUGCUUCGUUGUAAGAUGGCCUUGAGACGUAUGAUUGUUGGUGAGGAGUGGUCUUCCUCAUCCUAUGCUGCCACCCCAGCAGGAAAAGAUAUGGCAGACUGCAUUUUUGAUGAGCGAGGCUUUUGGAGCCCUUGUGAUGAGAUAGUGAAGUUUGUUAAGCCCUUGGUGGUUUUGUUGCGAGUUGCGGAUGGAGAAAAGCCCGCAAUGGGCUACAUAUAUGAGGGCAUGGAUAGGGCGAAAGAGGGCAUCAAAUCUAUCUAUGCAGGAGAUGAGAGCAAGUAUGGUCCCAUUUGGCAGAUCAUUGAUAAGAGAUGGCAUCAUCAGCUUCAUAGGCCCAUCCAUGCAGCAGCCUAUUAUUUGAAUCCGGCAUUCCAUUUUAGCCCUACUUUCAGGGCUGAUGCGGAGGUCCUUGAUGGGCUAUACUCAGUCAUGGAGAAGAUGGCACCUGUUGGUUGUACUCAGUCAGAUCUUAUGCGAGAGCUACAGUUGUUCUCAAAUGCACAAGGGGAGACCUUUUCUCGUCCUAUCGCCAAAGAAAGUAGGACAACUAUGAUGCCAGAUAAUUGGUGGAACUUUUUUGGCCCAACGACACCAAAUCUUCAGAAGUUGGCCAUUCGCAUCUUGAGCCAACCAUGCAGUGCAUCUGGUUGUGAGCGCAAUUGGAGUAUGUUUGAGCACAUACACUCCAAGAGGCGCAAUAGAUUAUCCGUGGAGAAGAUGAAUGAUCUUAUCUUUGUUCACUAUAACCUCCGCCUGAGAAUGAGAAAGAAUGCAUUAGCUGACAUCUCUCCUAUCAUUCUAGAUGAGGUUGAUCCUGAGGCAGAGUGGGCCAUUGAGACAGAUCCUGUGGCUGUCUUUAGUGAUGAUGACACUGAUUGGAUCGACCAGGUAGAUAUAGAGGCUGAGGCUGUAGCCAUGGCAGAGGAGGAGCAGAGAGCACGAGCAGAGAGAGGAGAUUCAGAGGCAGAUGGUGAUAGUGACAGAGAUGGUGACAGUGACACAGAUGUUCCUGAUGUUGGUGAGCAUGGCGUGGUGUCACGAGGAGCGGCUAUGGCUGCCCAAUCAUCUAUGACCUACCUUAGACGCCUUCGUAGGGGGGCGGGGCCUUCAUCGGAGCCGACGUCGGGGCCGGAGGGUGCAGACUCCUCUGCGCCAUAGGCUUGUAGAUGUAUUUACCUUUGUUAUUUGUAUGGAACAUUUGAUGAUGAUCAUAUGAUGACAUGGAUUUUUUAUUCCAUGAGUUUUGUAAUAUUGUAUACAUUUGACAAUAUUUAUAUAUCUAUGUUUGUUA